CGAGUCGCACGCCAGUUGUGAUUGUGUUCAGUAGAGGAUGGAAUGUAUAAGUAUUCAAAAUGUGAUGGCGAUUUUAUGCAAAAUUAGUUUUGAUUUCAUCUAGCAUGUAAUUAUUUUCGAAACUAGUUGGUUGCUACUGUGAUUAUGAAUAUCUAGUCAAGUUACAAAAUAUAAAACCGACGUUCCUUGGCUACAAAGUUUUAAAAUACAAAUAGAGUGGUUAAUUAAAAAACAUAUAACAAAAUGCAUAAGAUUACAGCUUUUAACAUGGAUUGCGAAUUAAUAAAGUGUGCUUUUGUGGGCAAUGGCCUCGUUUAUCAGGAAACUCCGUCGGAAGUCGGACAAACAAACUCCAGAGAAGAAAAAACGCGGAAAGUCAUCGGCGUUUAAUUGCUUCUGUUUAGGAUUUCCAGAACUGGAAGAUAGGGAUUUAUCUAAGCAACCGUUUGAAAAAGAAACUUCUGAAUUAGACAAAGAAAAGUCUGAAAAUAUGGGCAAAGUUGAAUCUAAACAGUUUAAAGAAGGUUCUGUAGAUUUUAUAGAGUUUGGGAAGGAACCGCUUCCAGACAAAAUGAAAAAGAAGAAGAGUGUUAAGUCCAAAGAAAUCGAAGAUAAAGAAAAAGCAACGAAUGGAAUUGGUGAUGCUACAAAUGUUGACAGUAAGAGUUCUAGUGUGGAUUUACAGGACGUUGCCGUAGAUAUUCACGAGCAAAAUGGUAUAAAUGAAAAGGAGAAUAUCGAUGAAGAGAAUGUAAAAGAGAAAAGUUUAGAAAGACAAAGACGAAUUUCUUCAUCAGAAAGUAGCUCAUCGUACGAGUCAUGCAGUGGUGAAGAAGGUGAAAAGGAGAAGAAAAAGAAACGUAAAGAACGUGGAAAUAGUCAAGAUGAAGCACGUGUAGAUCAAGUUGAUGCAAAGCAAGAGCAGAUAGAAAACGGUUCUCUUGGUUCAGAUUCCUCUGACUCAGAGGAAGAAGUUAUUGAUGACUCUGAGAAAAAGGAUUUAGAUACAGAAAAGAAAAGCAAAACAGAAAUGCAACAAAAGGGGAAAAGCAAAAAGAAAAAUCCGUUUGGACGUAUGCAAAGUAAACUGUUAGACGCAAUAUCGUAUCAAAAUUUUGAUUCUUUUUCACCAGAAGUCUGUAUUGACUUCAUGAAAAGUAAACCAUCCUUGAAAUUUCUAUCGGCACUGAACAGGAAGCUCAGUCAGAAAAAUAAGGAAUGGAAUGGCGAGUUUUUAGACUUGAAUGGCGGUGAAACAUUGCUAGAUCUAGUUGACACACUAGGUAUAAGGCGAGUUACUCAACUCUCUGACGCGCUGUUGCUGCUGGAGUGCAUCGGAUGCAUCAAAACCUUAAUGAAUUCGAAGAUGGGUUUAGCAUACCUGGUGGAACAUGGCGGAUCCCUUAAAAGACUCGUUACAGCACUUGAUACAAACAAUGUGAUGGUAAAGAAGCAAGUGUUUGAACUUCUCUCAGCACUAUGUGUGUAUUCGACAGAAGGAUACCAGUUGACUCUGGCAGCGCUGGAUAGCUUCAAGGUUGCUAAGAAACACAGAUAUAAAUUCAGUGUAAUAGUACACGAGCUCCGAACAGCGGAAAUUGUUCCAUACAAAACCACAUUAAUCGCUUUUAUCAACUGCAUCUUGGUUGCUACAGAAGAUCUUGAAGAACGAGUACGACUCCGAAACCAAUUUGUAGGCCUGAACCUGUUAGAUGUUAUUGAUGAACUGCGAAACGAAGACGAUGAAGACCUGGUUAUACAGUGCAAUGUGUUUGACGAUGAGAAACAAGAAGACGACGAAGCGUUUGCAGCACUCAAUCCAGAUGGUGUGGAUAUAAAUGACCACAAUGCUAUCUUCAACGCGCUAUACGAGAAAGUAUAUAAUACACCUCACUCUGAUGUUUUGCUGAUUAUUCUACAGACCUUACUUAGAAUAGAUACAAAUGCACCAGAAGGUGAUAUACGAUGGGACUGUGCAGAAACGGCUGUACGACAGGCAAUAUAUAUGCCUUUGCCCAGAGCUCCUGAGCCGAGCACCGAACAUUCUCACGGCAGAUCUUCAAAACUUUUCUGUGAUCACUGUGGAUUUUAUAAUAAACAAACACAUGAUUUCAGUGCCCAGGCUGACCUUGGCAGUAGUAUUGUUCCAAUUCCUGUGAUACAAGCCGACACAAAGGCAUCGUUUGCAAACGCUCUCAGUGAACUUUCUGCAAAACACAUCCCGUUUCAAACGUCUGUUCAAACAGAAACGGUGAUGAUGAAUGGCUCAACGGAGAAUACAAAUAUUUCUUGUUCAAACAGCUCAGUGCCACCUCCCCCGGCACCUCCUCCACCACCAUUGCCCUCAUCAUCUGUACCACCAGCGCCUCCUCCCCCUCCACCGCCUCCUACAUUUGGAGUAUCUCCUCCACCAGCUCCUCCACUACCCGGUGCUCCACCACCACCUCCUCCUCCCCCGCCUCCACCAGGUUCAUCUAUUCCACCGCCACCUCUACCUCCUGGCUCAGGCCCUCCCCCGCCUCCACCUCCUCCAGGUGUACCAGGAUCACCCCCACCUCCACCACCUCCUCCUGGAGGUAUUACGAGAGCUGCAACAUAUCCAAUGAGAUCUCAGCCGGAAUCAGUGCCUAGAAUCAGUACACCUACACCAAAACAUAAAAUGAAAACGUUUAACUGGACUAAAGUUCCACCAAAUAGUGUGACAGUGAAAAGUAACGUUUGGAAAGAGGUUUCAUCAAUGGACGACCAGAUCCCAGUGAAUUACGACACUAUAGAACAGUUGUUCUGUCAAAAACAGAUAGUAGAAUCCCAAAAGAGUGGUCACAGUGCAAAACAAGUGACUACCAAGGUUCUUCUGCUUGAUAACAAGAAAAGCAUGAGUGUGAAUAUAUUCCUGAAACAGUUUAAGGAAAACAAUCGUCAAAUCGUGGAUAUGAUUAAAGAAGGAGACAUCAACAAAAUUGGCAAUGAAAGACUCAGGGGACUGCAAAAAAUUCUUCCAGAUACCGAAGACCUGAAGCCUAUACUUGAGUAUAGUGGUGACAGGGGGCAACUUGGUAACGCCGAACAGUUCUACCUUGACCUUCAAAGUCUAGACGGUUACAAACUGCGCAUAGAUGCAAUGGUACUGAAGUUGGACUUUGCGUCAUUUAUAGAAAAAUUCCGACCGUUGAUGCAAACGUUUAUCAAGACAUGUAACGCUUUGAUGGAAAACGAGUCCCUAAAAGUCUUCCUUAGAUUUGUACUUCAUACUGGUAACUUCAUAAAUGCUGGAAAAUACUCUGGUAAUGCAGUAGGAUUUCGGAUUAGCUCGCUCACAAAACUAAUAGACACGAGAGCAAACAAACCUCGAAUCACUCUUCUACACUAUCUGGUCAACGAGGCUGAAAAGAAAAACAGCAAUGCUGUUGCUUUCGUUGAUGAACUGUUUCCAGAUCUCAGCUUUCUAACCAAGUACACCUUAGAAAAUAUAAACGCAGAAAUUCAUGAAGUCAGCACAGCAAUUGGAGCAGUGGAUAAGCAGCUUGCGACUUCAUCAGAAGAUCUUCGUAUUCAGUUCGAAUCUUUCAUUAAGACUGCUAAAUUGGAGCUGACUGACGUAAAAGAUGAUUUAGGGAAAGUCAAUGAACUAUCGACCAAAGUUGCAAUUCGUUUUUGUGAGAAUGAGCAAAGCUUCAAACUAGAGGAGUUUUUGAGCAUUAUGAAAACAUUCUACGAAAAAGUACGGCAGUGCCAGAAGGAAAAUGAACAGAGGCGCAUACAAGAAGAAAAACAGGAGAAACGAAGAAAGGCGCAAGCGGAAAUAAAAUCAAAGCCAAAACAACCACGGAAGAUUCCGUCACAAGAGGACGAUGGUUGUAUUAUAGACAAACUACUUCUAGAAAUCAGAAAAGGCUACAGUCUAAGAAAAUCACCAAAGAAAGUCAACGAAUCAAACUGUUAAUAUCAAAGUUGCACAAUUCUAUUUGCUGUUUAAAAUGGUACCGUUUAAGAAAAGUAUAAACUGACGCAGAA